AUGAACAUCUCCACGCCAGCGAACUACUUCCACGCUCUGCGUAGGCAGCAGCACCGAGACUUCCGCAAGCCUUUGGUCAUCGCUUCUCCAAAGAAUCUGUUCCGACUUCGUCAGUGUGUAAGCCCGCUGAACGACAUGGGCCCCGGCGUGCGCUUCAAGCGCUUGAUCCCCGAGCGCGAUCCGGAGAUCACGGCGAAUCCGGAAAAGGUGGAUCGACUCGUGUUCUGCUCCGGUAAGCUUUACUACGAGCUGGUGGCGGAACGGGAGCAGCUGGGUCUCAAGAAUGUUGCCAUCGUCACGCUGGAGCAGAUUGCGCCAUUCCCCUUCGACCGUGUCAAGACGAUGAUGGAGAUGUUCCCGAACGUCGACAUGGGUGAUGGGGUCCAUCCUGGCAAUGUCAUUUGGUGCCAGGAGGAGCCCAAGAACAUGGGCGCUUGGUCUUACGUUCGCCCCCGUUUCGUCACAACGGCGCGGGAAGGUCUGGAUAAGGACAUGGUCAUGCGUUACGUCGGCCGCCGUGCCGCAGCGUCGCCUGCGACGGGCUACCCGAAGCUGCACAAUGCAGAGCAGGAGGCUCUUGUAAAGGAAGCACUGGUGGGACACGACGAUGAGGGCUGGACU